UCAUCUAGGCGCAUUAAUGGAUGAAUAAAGUAAACUAUCUCUUUUGUACAAUUGACGGAAACAAAGUGAUAAAAGUUGACUAAACUUAGAAUAAAGAACAGAAACAGUUGCUUAGUGCUUACACAGCCGCACUUUCCUCUGCUACUGCCUUUCCCCCUCCAAUGGAAUUUGACCGUCCGCAUGCACCAGCUGCUUCCCCGCCCUUGCCUUACGUUUCGGUUAAUCCUCCACUUUCUGUCCAUUCCAAGCUAACUGCUUCCCUUCCCCACCUCCCCUUUUCAAACGCUCACAUGCAAAGAAAGGUCUGCUUAAGCUCAUUCCUCUUGUGUCUUCCAAUUCCUCCAAAACUGAUUAUCUUUCUCUCUGUCGCUCUUGGGUUGUUUUGGGCUAUUGAUUUCGACUGCUCUGUUCAACGAGUUUGGCAAUCAUGGUGAAAAAGAAAUCUUCUAAAUUUGAACCACAGAAGCAUAAUUCAUGCCUUCGCCGUGGGUUCCCUUUGGUACUUUUGCUAUCUGUUGCAUUCUUCAUCGGAAGUGUAUUCAUAGUCACAGAUUAUAAACAGGUACUACAACACCAGACUCUGCUAUCAGUAAUGAAGCUAGUAGGAACCUGGGGGCAGACUAUUGAUGGCCAAAGAUCUGCAAUUUGUGAGAAUGGAGAGAAGCCAUAUGGAACCAAUACAUUACCUAAAGGGAUCAUUUCUGCAACAUCUGACUUUCAAAUGAGAUCGCUAUGGGGUGACGAUGAAAAGAAGGCAAAGAGAUCGAAGAGCUUACUAGCAAUGGCAGUUGGGAUAAAGCAAAAACUGAAUGUCGAUAAGAUUGUCCGAAAGUUUCCGCCUGCUGACUUCGUCGUGAUGCUGUUCCAUUACGACGGAAAUGUGGAUGAAUGGAAAGGAUUGGACUGGAGCAACCAAGCCAUACAUGUUUCUGCUAACAACCAAACGAAAUGGUGGUUUGCUAAACGUUUCUUGCAUCCUGAUAUCAUUUCGGAGUAUGAAUACAUCUUCUUGUGGGAUGAAGAUCUUGGAGUUGACAAUUUCCAUCCUGGAAGAUAUCUGUCAAUUGUAAAAGCGGAAGGGCUUGAGGUCUCGCAGCCAGCACUUGAUCCCGAGAAGUCAGAGGUGCAUCAUGAACUAACUGAGCGAAACCCGACAGGAAGAUUUCACAGAAGGACAUACAAGAAGAUAGGACCCAGACAGUGCACUGACAACAGCACAGCUCCCCCAUGCACAGGGUUUAUAGAAAUGAUGGCUCCUGUUUUCUCGAAGGCGUCAUGGCGAUGUGCAUGGCAUAUGUUUCAGAAUGACUUGGUCCACGGAUGGGGGGUCGAUUUUCAGCUCGGUUACUGUGCACAGGGUGACCGGACCAAAAACAUUGGUGUUGUUGAUUCAGAGUACAUUGUGCAUGAGGGUCUUCCUACUCUCGGUGGUUCUACCUCGGACAAGGUGUUGCUGCCAUUGAGUGCCAACCAAGCAUCAGGCAGAUCAGCUGUGAAAAAUCGGUCAUACGUUGAGCUGGAGUUGUUUAAGAACAGAUGGAAGAAUGCUGUGAAGAAAGAUUCGUGUUGGGUUGAUCCCUAUCCACAAUGAACCAAGAAGAUAAGCGCCAGAUGGAGUGUGCAGCUAUUUCCAUGGUCUUUCAGUGAAGCUUGGAAAGGAUUAGCAGUCAAAAACCACUGAAAGAUCGAUCUGCAGUGGCAGAGGAAACCUUCACACCUUUUUGCAAAGAUCUCGCCAUCUCUCUCUCCCUCAUUGUAUUAUUAUUUACUUGUAUCCCAUGUUAUAAUUUGUAUCUUAAUCUCUACACAAGCAUGUGUUUGUAAGAGCUACAUAAUAUAUGGAUAAAGUAAAU